AGAGCUGAUUAGGUUUUUCUGGGCUGCUUGACAAGACUCAGACAAUAUUUGUGAAUACGAAGCUUUGUCCCAAGUGGUAAAUAAACGUGCUGAGAAACACCUGUAAAGUUUAAAGGCGUGCUCUCCUCAACGCGAUUGGAAACUCUAACUCCCUUCUCUUUUGUACUUUUGCUUGCUGUCCGCUACAGAGUGUCCAAGCACCGAGCUGUGCACACAGUCGCUCCCGGCAGAAAUGCUUAGGAUGUGAUCCAUGAAUCGUAAAUCCCAGCUAGCGCUCACAAAGGCGGACGUUUCUCCCCAAGACCAUUCCAGUGCCCCAGACGUCCACAGACAUCCAGGAACAUGCAGCCGGCAGACAAAAAAUGGCAGCCACCGAAGCGCUGAGGGGAGCCCUCCUGGCCACUUCUGUCCCAGCUCCAAGGGUCUCUCCACGAUGGCCUGCAACAGCACGUCCCUGGAGGCUUACCCAUACCUGCUGCUGAACACCAGCAACGCCUCGGACUCCGGAUCCACCCCGCUGCCCGCACCCCUGAGGAUCUCCUUGGCCGCGGUGAUGCUGCUGAUGACCGUGGUGGGGUUCCUGGGCAACACUGUGGUCUGCAUCAUCGUGUACCAGAGGCCGGCUAUGCGCUCGGCCAUCAACCUGCUGCUGGCCACCCUGGCCUUCUCGGACAUCAUGCUUUCCCUCUGCUGCAUGCCCUUCACCGCCGUCACCCUCAUCACCGUGCGCUGGCACUUUGGGGACAACUUCUGCCGUCUCUCAGCCACGCUCUACUGGUUUUUCGUCCUGGAGGGCGUGGCCAUCCUGCUCAUCAUCAGCGUGGACCGUUUCCUCAUCAUCGUCCAGCGCCAGGACAAGCUGAACCCGCGCAGGGCCAAGGUGAUCAUCGCGGUCUCCUGGGUGCUGUCCUUCUGCAUCGCGGGGCCCUCGCUCACCGGCUGGACGUUGGUGGAGGUGCCGGCGCGGGCCCCACAGUGCGUGCUGGGCUACACGGAGCUCCCCGCCGACCGCGCCUACGUGGUCACCUUGGUGGUGGCCGUGUUUUUCGCGCCCUUCGGCGUCAUGCUGUGCGCCUACAUGUGCAUCCUCAACACCGUCCGCAAGAACGCCGUGCGCGUGCACAACCAGUCGGACAGCCUGGACCUGCGACAGCUCACCAGGGCGGGCCUGCGGCGCCUGCAGCGGCAGCAACAGGUCAGCGUGGACUUGAGCUUCAAGACCAAGGCCUUCACCACCAUCCUGAUCCUCUUCGUGGGCUUCUCCCUCUGCUGGCUGCCCCACUCCAUCUACAGCCUCCUCUCUGUGUUCAGCCAGCGCUUUUACUGCGGUUCCUCCUUCUAUGCCACCAGCACCUGCGUCCUGUGGCUCAGUUACCUCAAGUCCGUCUUCAACCCCAUCGUCUACUGCUGGAGAAUCAAAAAAUUCCGCGAGGCCUGCAUAGAGUUGCUGCCCCAGACCUUCCAAAUCCUCCCCAAAGUGCCUGAGCGGAUCCGAAGGAGAAUCCAGCCGAGCACAGUCUACGUGUGCAACGAAAACCAGUCUGCGGUUUAGGGGGGCUAGGGGGCCACAGAGAAGGGGCAGCUGAGCCCGGGUCCCAGGGCUGGCUGGUCUGUCCUGUUCUGUUCCCUGGCAUGUUGGUCAUAGUCUGCACUUUGUGGUGGCUAUUUAAGCACAAAGGUACUCAUUUGUAAUCAGAUGAGCUGCAGCGCCCAAAUUUCAAAUUUUGGCAAGACGAAUUAUUUUUGUUUCUCUUUGCAGAAGAGCCGAAUACAGGGCUGAUGGGGACUGCAAAGUCAUUAAGGCAAAAAUGGAGUGGGCUGGGGCGUGCAGAAGUUGGGCAGAAAGGGAGGAGGAGGGCAAAAGGGAGUGAAGCUGGUUGAGUGUGGGGCAGGAGGAUGGGUCAGUCACAAGAGCUUCAACCUGCCCUCUGAGCCCUCUCUGCACCUGCUCAAGAGAAACCCUGAGAAACUCCAGUAGGUGUGAGCUCCUGGGUGUUCACUCGUUUUGUUUGACAUCAGGGCUCUUCAGCUAUUGAUGUUUG